CGCCGUCUCUCCGCGACUACUCCGAACUACGGGAACCUCCGAACCAAUGGGAAGACUAGCGACGCGGCAGGCAUUUACAUAUAGAAGCAUUUUGCAAAGUUUGAAAAAGAUAUGGAACAUUAUAGGCAAACAUGGACAAGUCUGCAUAACGAGCUUCAACAAUCACUCAAGGAUGAGGCAGAUGAACGCAGGAAAGUGGCAAUCAAGCAAAUGAACUUGGAAAUUGAAAAGAGGAGAAUGGAGGCUGAAACUGCUGCAAGCAGCGAGUACAAACUGGUUGCCGAGCAGGAGAUGAAGAAAAACAUCCAUGGCUUGAAGGCGCUCCAGAUUGCGGACGUUGCGACAGUUGAUGCACUGAAGCCUUUGUCUAGUGAUAAAGCCACCGCAGAGAGUGAUGCACGAAGGAAAGAAGAGAAGCUUCUGUCAAAAAUCCUAAGCCUGGAGCUUCAACACUGCCCGACAUCAGGGAUCCUUUCUGCAGUUUACAAAGCAGAUGGCAAGUUAAUACCACACCAUAUUGUCACAACUGGCAGAGACCCAUGUGACAUUGCCGAUGAAUUGUGGAAGUUCGAUGAAGAGUGCAGUACUGAGAAGUGACUAUUCUUAAUUUACACACCUACUGAAUAAAGCUGCUUGCCUUUUUUCCUUGC